AUGCUGGAGCUCUCGGGAGGUUUCGCUCUUAUCUACACAUCGUCUGCUAUGCAGUUCGGUGAUGAUGAAAAGAAGGAGUCUGCACCUUACUGGUUGCUGAUCAAACCACCGGAGAAUGACCUCGAGCAGUCCAAGGCCGAGCUCAGCGCUGCAGCGAUGUUCAGACGCAGGGACGAUGCCAAGCCGGAAGUGCUGGUGGAGUCCAACGGCGCCAGCCUGCCCUUGGCGCCGCAGGCGCAGCUGGGGACCUGCGUGGUGGACCGGCACCGCGUGCUGCAGGUCUGCCUGGGCCGCGAUCACGGGGUGCUGCUCUCGGACGCCGGGGUGGCCUUCACCUGGGGGGACAACCGCUACGGGCAGCUGGGAAGGACCCCGGUGCUCAAGGAAGAAUUCGGCAGGCCGUUUCCGGUGCUGGGCCUCAGCGGGUACGAGGUCACCCAGGUCAGCGCGGGGCACCACCACUGCCUGGCACUGGUGGCCCCAGGGCUGGUUUGGGCGUGGGGUCGCAACAAGCAGGGCCAGCUGGGCAUCGGGGACUUCAGGGACCAGACCCAGCCGGUGAAGGUUUGCCACCCGCCCAUCGCGGAGGGUAUGGACUCGCUGCAGCUGGGCGCCAACAAAGGCGGCGCCAUAGUCACAG